UAAUUUCUGUCUUUUGACAGGCUCUUACAUCGUAGACUGGGCAACAUACCUGUGCUAAUCAAAGACAGUCUGGAAGGAGUGACCUGUUUUAUUGGUUUGGCAAUGUUUUAAUUCUUACGCAACUCUGGCUCUGCUGUGUACAUGCACCAGCUGCCUACAGGCCAACUACACAUGUGAAACAGAUGGGGCCUGCAUGGUUUCCAUUUUCAACCUGGAUGGGAUGGAGCACCAUGUGCGCACCUGCAUCCCCAAAGUGGAGCUGGUCCCCGCUGGGAAGCCCUUCUACUGCCUGAGCUCGGAGGAUCUUCGCAACACCCACUGCUGCUACACUGACUUCUGCAACAAGAUUGACCUGAGGGUGCCCAGUGGUCACCUCAAGGAGCCUGAGCAUCCUUCCAUGUGGGGCCCUGUGGAGCUGGUCGGCAUUAUUGCCGGCCCAGUGUUCCUCCUGUUUCUCAUCAUCAUCAUUGUUUUCCUUGUCAUUAACUAUCAUCAGCGUGUCUAUCACAACCGCCAGAGGCUGGACAUGGAGGAUCCCUCAUGUGAGAUGUGUCUUUCCAAAGACAAGACGCUCCAGGAUCUUGUCUACGAUCUCUCCACGUCGGGGUCUGGCUCAGGAUUACCCCUUUUCGUCCAGCGCACAGUGGCCCGAACCAUCGUUUUACAGGAGAUUAUUGGCAAGGGCCGGUUUGGAGAAGUGUGGCGUGGCCGCUGGAGAGGUGGCGAUGUGGCUGUGAAAAUUUUCUCUUCUCGUGAAGAACGGUCUUGGUUCCGAGAAGCAGAGAUAUACCAGACAGUCAUGCUGCGCCAUGAAAACAUUCUUGGAUUUAUUGCUGCUGACAAUAAAGAUAAUGGCACCUGGACCCAGCUAUGGCUUGUCUCGGACUAUCAUGAGCAUGGCUCCCUGUUUGAUUAUCUCAACCGGUACACCGUGACGAUUGAGGGGAUGAUUAAGCUGGCCUUGUCUGCUGCCAGCGGGCUGGCACACCUGCACAUGGAGAUCGUGGGCACCCAAGGGAAACCUGGAAUUGCUCAUCGAGACUUAAAGUCAAAGAAUAUCCUGGUGAAGAAAAACGGCAUGUGCGCCAUUGCAGACCUGGGCCUGGCUGUCCGUCACGAUGCCGUCACUGAUACCAUUGACAUUGCUCCAAAUCAGAGAGUGGGAACCAAACGAUACAUGGCCCCUGAAGUACUUGAUGAAACCAUUAACAUGAAGCACUUUGACUCCUUUAAAUGUGCUGAUAUCUAUGCCCUUGGACUUGUAUAUUGGGAGAUUGCCCGAAGAUGCAAUUCUGGAGGAGUCCAUGAAGAAUAUCAGCUGCCAUAUUAUGACUUAGUGCCCUCUGACCCUUCUAUUGAGGAAAUGCGAAAGGUCGUUUGCGACCAGAAGCUACGUCCCAACAUCCCCAACUGGUGGCAGAGUUAUGAGGCGUUACGAGUGAUGGGGAAGAUGAUGCGGGAGUGUUGGUAUGCCAACGGCGCGGCCCGCCUGACUGCUCUGCGUAUUAAGAAGACCCUUUCCCAGCUCAGCGUGCAGGAAGAUGUGAAGAUCUAACCCUGUUCCACUCCCCCUACACAACAACCCUGCGCAGCAAGGACUAUACACAGAGCUGCCAUGUUGAGCGUACGAUGGAGGCCUACCUCUCGUUUCUGCCCAGCCCUCUGGUCAGAAGCCCUGGCCUGCAAGAGGGACAGAGCCCAGGAGACCUGCUCACUCUCACGUUGGGUUUGAGACACAGACACCUUUUAUAUUUACCUCCUGAUGGCAUGGAGACUCUGAGAGCGAAUGGUAUGGAGAACUCAGUGCCACAACUCAAACUGGUUGUAGCGGGAAGUCCCGCAAAACCCAGUGCAUCUGGCCGAUAGCCAGGAGUGGUGCCGGGGAAGCCUGGGAGGGCCCAGGCGAAGCCGAAUGUUGCCAGUGCUAGGUAGCACUGAGGAUUUUCCUCCAGGGAGCAACUCCAGCCCAUCGAGAUGGCCCAGAGGAACCAGAAGUGCAGCCCCUCUCACAGGCAGCUGUGGGCCCCGUGCUCCGCCCUCGCACGGACAUCUGGAGGGACUGCCAGUGGAGGCAAAAUCUGCCGCCUGUCUGUCCAGCCGUGUGUGCAUGUGCCGAGGUGCGUCCUCUGUUGUGCCUGGUUCGUGCCAUGCCCUUAAACGUGUGUGUGUGUGUGUGUGUGUGUGUGUAUGUAUGUGUGUGUAUGUGUGUAUGUGUGUGUCUAUAGGUGCGUACUUCCCUGCUUGAGCUUUUGGUGCAUGUGCAGGUCAGGGGUGUGGUUGUCAUGCCGUCUCUGCGUGCUGGUGCCUCUGUUCAGUAGUGAGCAGUGUCUUGUGUCCUGGUGCCCUUCUCGGAGGUCUCCCUUUCUUCCCCCACUCCCUGGAACCCUGAGCCACGGUUGUCCUCCCUUCCCAGCAGGCUGCUCUGCCCACCUUAUGUCAGCACAGCUCUCCCUCUCCAUUUCAGACCGGAACCAAAGCUGGCCCAGUUGUCCAUGGCAGGCGAGGCUUUUGGGUCCAAAUGUGAAGGAGGGGUAGGGCGGGCAGGGAAAGCAUCUUAGUGGAAGUCUCGGGUGUUGUAGUCAGUGGCAACCGUGGGAAAUGAGCCAGCCCAGGGCAUCAGACUCGGCAACAUCAAGGAAGGCCCAAGGAAUUUGAAGCCCAGAUCUUGGGACUCAGAUUGGAAUGUCACAUCUGUCUUUCACAUCCCAGAUUCUGGAAACAGCAGUGUAUAUUUUUGGUGGUAGGUUUAGGGUGGGGAAAGGAAAGGGGGGCAAAGAAUGGGGAGGGAAUAGGGGUGGGAGGGAGGCAUCUGCAUGGGUCUUUUACUGGAUUAUCUGAUUACGGUGGAGGGAAGAUAUAAGGCUUGCACCCACUUCAGGGGCCCUUCUAAAGGGAACAGCCUGAGCUGAACCUGAUAUUUAACCUGAGUGUAGUAUUUAACGAUGUCUAGAAGCACGGUUGUGGGUGGUGGUUUGGUCAGCAUAUCUUAGGUAUAUAAUAACUUUGAAGCCAUAACUUUUAACUGGAGUGGUUUUAGGUUUUUGUUUUGUUUUGUUUUGUUUUUAAUUUUAUUGGGAGGGUCUGGAUUUUAACUUUUUUUAAUAUUAAGUUUUUAUAAAAGGAAAACCAUCUCUAUGUGAUGAUUACCUCUCAAUCUAUUUGUUUUUAAAGAAAUCCCUACAAAAAUAACCACACACACACAAAAAUGCUUCAAUCAUACGCACAUAGCUCAAUCACACUGGAAAUGUCUGUCCUUAUACCUGAGCCUGUUCCCACCCAGCAGUGAGAGUUCCUCCUUGCCCCGGGAGUUAGUCUCUCUUGAGCUUUGUCCCCCGACCCUGCCUAUUCUAUAAGCGGUUUUUGUGCUGGGGCCCCAGCUUUUUGUGCAUUGUCCAGCUGGUUGCACCUUCUCCUCCCCCAGGCAUUUAUUCAACAAAUGUUUGUUGAGUGCCUGCUGGGUGCCCGGCGUCGCGCCAGGCACUGCCAGUGCAGCUGUGAACAAGACAGGCUUGGGUCCUACUCUUGGAGCACUGAAGAAGGAGCUGAUCCAAGUUAGUGGAUGCCUGUUUUGAAACCAGAAGUUUUCAUACAGUAGUUGGUUCUGAGAGCCUUUUGAGCCUGGAAUGAUUGCUCUUAUAGAAGACCACCAAGGAGCAAGGAUGCCCCUCCUACACACCAAAGAGACCGGUGGUGGGCAUGAGAGCCCAAUCACUGCAUUCAUUCUGAGCCCCCUCCUGCCCCCAGGGGAGCAUGUUAUGGAUGCAGCCUCAGAGCACCCCUGCCUCCAGCCCAGCGAUUCUCUGCCAAAGCUUGUGGAGGAGGGGGAGAGCCCUCUCCCUGCUUACAUGUUUCCCCUAUGCCCUGGCCUUCCUAUUUAUUUUCCUGAUGUAUUGCCUCUUUCCUUGUGUUAAAGGAGAUCUUCCCCUAACCUUUUGGGCCAAUUUACUGGCUACUGAUUACUUUCCCUUGAAUACCAAUUGUCAUCAGGGGGACCUUCUUUCUCCACCCCUGUGGACCCCCCACCUCUCCACCCUGCAGCAGAACCUGGCGGGUUCUAGGUGGUAACAGGAAUUAGACUCCUGUGUCCCUUUCACAACCAGCCUCUGGGAUCUGCCAACACUCCUCAACCCAGGGAUUCCCAAGCCACUAGCCACUCCCCAGGUGGCCCUCCUGUCCUCACCACGGACAAGUCCAGCUCCUCCAGGGGAAGACUGAGCAGUUUUUUGGGAAGCUCUCACCUUCACCCCCACCACUCAACACCAGGAGUUAGAGAGUUGGGGAGAAACUACAGCCUGAAGCGUGCUGUUUGGCCCUGAGGCCAACCCUGAUCCUUAGGGCUACCUGCACCUCUGGAUUCACAGACCAAGUCCAAGCCCGUUCUUAUUGUCGCCAUCAAGGCCCCCGAACGGCAUUCUCGGUACUUCUGUUUGUUUUUGUACAUUUUAUUAGAAAGGACUGUAAAAUAGCCACUUAGACACUUUACCUCUUCAGUAUGCAAAUGUAAAUAAGUUGUAAUAUAGGAAAUCUUUUGUUUUAAUAUAAGAAUGAGCCUGUCCAAUUUCUGCUGUACAUUAUUAAAGUUUUAUUCACAGAG